CUCUGCAAAAAAUGUCUUAACGAAAAUCUUGCUAGUCUUCUUAGUAUCAGAGAUAUCCUCCGAAGAAGACAACGGGGAGAAGAAACAGUUGAGCCUGGUCCCCACUCCUGGUGUUACUCAUUUUGCUUAUAUAUACAAUAACCUGAUGAUACAGGGAGGUCCAUAACCAGCCAGUUGGCUUGUGGAAUACAUACGCGCAAACAUUCACACUCGUUUAGCCAGUUAAUUAAUGAAUUAAUCGAAAAACGAUUGGGGUUUUUGGGUCGUCGAUAAAUAAAUUAUUGACAUUCUCGUGCAGUUGAUAGUGCGGAUUCUGUGAUUUAAGAGUUACGGGGCAAAAUGGUGGUGAAGGUUUACAUAUCUGGGAUCAGUGGGAACAAGGAAGUGAAGAAGCGCCAGCAGAGGGUGAUGAUGAUCCUCGACAGUAAAAAUGUUGAGUAUGAAGUCAUUGACAUCACCGAGCCAGGAAAGGAGGAUGACAAGGAGUAUAUGCAGUCGAUGAGCAACGCCAAGGAUAACAAACAUCCUCUACCACCUCAGAUCUUCAAUGAUGAGGACUAUUGUGGGGAUUACGAGGAUUUCGAUUUGGCGAAUGAGAUCGACGAAUUGGAGAAAUUCCUGAAAGUUGUUUCCCUAGACAGCUCGGCGGAGGGGACUGCUGAUCAGGAUACAGAGGUUCACAUGAAUGUCAGGCAAAAUGGAAAUACAUCGAGUCGAGAGGCGUCCACCGAUAAAGAUGUCAGCGGUGUUCCCUCCGAAAGUGAAGUUAAUGAAAGACAACAUUCGACGAUGGAAGACACCGAGGACCAAUCAAAGACUGUAGAUGAUGAUUUAUCAACAAAAUCACAAGCUGAUGAUGGAGAAAUGGACGAUAGUAUCGACAAAAAUGAAGAGAAAUCCGAUGACCAAGAGAAGGAGGAAUAAAUCGCUGACAGAGUAUUACAUGCACUCAUUUAAUUUUCUACUAUGUUCAUUAUUUCCAUUAACGUCACUCCAAGUCAACAAGUACUGCCAGAUGAUUGAAGACAAACGACGGAAUAACUGUGAGAUUUUAAUUUCUCGUUAAUAAUUCUGUUGAUCGAGAAAAACAAAUGAAUAGAAAAAUAUCUAUCGUACCAUUUCGCAGAUAUUUUCGAGAGUAACGAGUUCACAGGAAAAGUCACAGGCUCUUUUCUGUAGAGAAUUUUGUAACCUACAAAAAUGACGUUGUGAUAUUUUUUUGUAAAUCGAGGAAUUUUGAUGAUAUUCGCAAAAUAGGGCACGUGGAAUUUUUUUAUUCGUUAGUUUUCACAGAUUCACUGAAGAAUUGAACUAUUUCUUCCUUUACAUUCGGUAGUCUCUCAUCAAGAUGAUAAUUGCUCAUGAGAAUCCAUCACAAAUAGCAGAAAUCAACAGAACGUAUAUUUAUGUAUAGAAGAAAGCGGCCUAGUUCUCUAGCUACAUUUCUUUUUCAAUAACAUAAACUUUCUCAGUGGGACUGGCUUUUAUGGAGCCUCCAUUAAUGCGUGAAUACUCAAUGGUAAAAGGACUCCUUGCACAUUAAUUACUCUUCAUUAAUUCAUCGAACGAAAAAUUGGAAAACUAUUCGAGUCGUUAUUCCAGUGGUCAAAUAUAGAACAGGACGAUUGAUUCAUUUUCAUGCGUAAAUCACUAUCUUCCGCUGGCAUGAUCUUCAUUUAGUUCUACGAAAGAGGAAUUGCACAUUUUUUGCCCCCAUAAAUAUCACAAAUAAGGUUUAAGAUAACGGAAAUGACUAGGAUUAGUCCGGCGAGAUUAAAAAAAUGCCUGUGAAUGAGAAUAAAAUAUAAACAAUCGAUUUACUCGACAAAUUUGUUACGACUAAUUGGGCUUUAAUAAUAAUUAGCUUUCCUCUACGGGGAAAGAGGUUUAGGAAGUGAAUUUUUCAGCUUCCAGUUGUACAAUUUUGAUUAAUGGCUGUUAGUAUUUAAUGUUACUUCGAGUCACUGAGCAAAUUUUAAAUAUAUUGCGCAACAUAUUUGCAAAAAAAGAGAAUGGAGAAUAAUAUUCAAUGAAUGAUGUACGACUCAACUGUUAUAUAAAUACAUGAAUUUACUAAUAAAAAUAUUACAUGAUAGAUAACAA